UUGGAGUCUGCGGGGUCUGUGCGUCAGGUAUCAUUGGUCUUUUCCCGUUGGAGCUUCAGCCACAUCACUGUUGAGAUUAGAUAAGCCUUUGCUGUGGCUGUGCUUGGUGGGGUGGAAGGAACCUAAGGGUGAGGUGGGUGGUGGGCUCCUCCCUCACGUCACAGGGAACGUGCUAGACAGCCAGGUACCAUUCCGUUACGGAUGCAGCUCCAAUGGAAGCAGUUACGACCACUAAGCUGCCGGCUAUUCAUCUCCCACUUCGCCUUUGAAUCACUGCAGGGCGCAACCUUUAAAGAAACCCGAACUUCAAAAAGACCUCGGAUUCACUGGUGAUAUCUCUGCCUUAUAAACCGACAACACAGUCAUACUCAGGUUUGAGAGACCACUGCAUUCUCUUUCCUUCUUCCGCCCAUCCAACUCUGCCUAAUCGACACCUCACCGUUCCCCGCCAAACCACAUCCAGUGCCCGCCAACAUGUCCGGUAGCUCCAACAGCGCUUCGCGCAACAAUAUCCUGCGCGACUUCAAGAGCCUGACGGGCAUGCCCGAGGCUAGGUGCACAGAGUACCUCGAAUCAGCAAACUGGGACAUCGGCCUUGCCGCCCAGGCAUACUACGCCGACCACGAUUCCGGCGAAGAAGAGAUUGAACCCGUUGCACAGGCUGCACCCUCUGCCCCCUCUGCCCCUGCUCCCGCUGAAUACACCGGUCCCCGAACUCUCGAUGGACGACCCGCACCUGAAUCGGCCGGCAGAGCGAGCACUGUGAAGAAGGCGGCGCCCAAGAAGAAGGGUCUCGCAACGCUCAGCUCCAUUGGUGGAGGUCACGCACACGACGACGAUGACGAUGACGAUGAUGAGGACGACGACGACAGGGGCCGCGGCGACCUCUUUGCUGGCGGCGAAAAGUCUGGGUUAGCUGUGCAGGACCCGUCCCAGGAGGGCGGUGGUGCCAAGAAGAUUAUCAGCGACAUUCUCGCCAAGGCCAAGGCGAACGCUUCUCGGCCAGAGACUGCAUCACCGGCAGGCCCUUCUCGCUCCGGUGCUUUCCGCGGAAGCGGCACCACCUUGGGUGGCGAGGGCGCUGAGAGCCGUAGUAUUCCCGACGCUGACGCCCAGGAGGGCGCGACUGGCUCGGCGGGCGCGACUGGCGAGCCUCAAGAGCGCACAUUGCACCUGUGGCAGGAUGGCUUCAGCAUUGACGAUGGCGAACUCCACCGAUUCGACGACCCCGAAAAUGCUAUGGACCUCAACAUGAUUCGGGCUGGCAGGGCUCCCUUACACUUGAUGAAUGUGCGUUACGAUCAGCCGGUCGAUGUCAAGCUUCACCAACACCAGGAAAACUACCACCCGCUGCCCAAGUCAUACAAGCCUUUCGGUGGAGAGGGACGCCGGCUCGGUAGCCCCGUACCUGGUGAGGGCAGUUCUUCGUCGACUGCAGCUGCCCCCGCAGCCUCGGCCCCGACCAGCUCCACUUCGACGGGCCCGCAGCAGACCAUCAAUGAGUCUCAGCCGACUCUGACCCUCCGUAUUCAACUGCCCAACGGCACCAGACUCCCUGCUCGCUUCAACACUUCAAACACCGUCAAUGACGUCUACGAGUUCGUUCAGCGCGCUUCUGCGGAUACCCGCUCCAGAUCCUGGGUGUUGGCCACGACAUUCCCCAACAAGGAUCACACUGAUCGCAGCCUGGUAUUGGGCGAGAUGCCCGAGUUCAAGAAGGGUGGCACGGCUGUCGUCAAGUGGGCUUGAACUACGAGGUAGAUGGAAAAGAAAAUGGCGGGAAACAGGCGGCGUUUGGAACUUUGGGCCUUGGCCCACAUUGUAGCCGGGUGGCUUUGGGUCUAAGCAUUUGAGGUCGUUUGCCUCUGCGUGGAAUGUAGACUUGCUCGAGAAAUAGACAUGCCCACAUGAAACAGUAA